UCGUCGUACUCGAACCCUCCUCGGAUAAAGGCACACACGCCAGGACGCCUGACUCGCAAAGAUCCCUCCAUCCCCUCACUCUUCCCGCAUCUUCAUUCUUUCAAACCUCAACAGGCGUCAAUGUCAUUAUCAUGGCGAAUCCGAACUUGUUCCACGAUGCCGAAGUGCUGCCUCCCGGCAGCGUACACCUGCUCGAUAUCCAAGAGGGCAAAUCCGACGAAUUGAUCCUCGUCCCUCGACCCUCCGACCAUCCUGACGAUCCACUGAAUUGGUCCCGGGCAAGAAAGCUGCUCAAUAUUUCCCUCGUCUUCUUCUACGUUUUCUGCAAUGGCACGGCGGCGUGCGUGGUCUAUUCGGUCUUUGUACCAAUCACCAAAGACACUUCACUUUCCAUAACGGACUUGAAUCGCGGCACUGGCUAUCUGUUCUUGCUGGCCGGCUGGUCGAAUCUCGUCUGGCAGCCCCUCGCGUUGACAUUCGGUCGGCGUCCCGUCUUCCUCGUCAGCAUCAUAGCCCUGGCCGCCAUCAGCGAGUGGACCGCCUGGAUCACGACGUACGGCAGCUGGGCCGCCGCGAGAUGUCUCUACGGCUUCUUCUGCGCGCCUGUGGAAGUACUACCCGAGAUCGCCGUGGCGGACAUCUUUUUUGCCCAUCAGCGCGGAACAUACGUCAGUCUCUACAUGGUCACACUAUGCGGGAGCAACUUUUUCGGGCCCAUUGUGGCGGGCUUCAUGAGUGACAGCUUGGGCUGGCAGUCGGUGCAACACUUCGGUGCCAUUUUGCUGUUGGUGAACUUUGUCCUGGCAUUCUUCCUGCUGGAAGAGUCAAUGUACAGGCGAGGAUCCGUGGAAGUGGAAGUGGUAGGCUCAACUGCGAAGCAGGACAGAUCGGUGCGCACACUACAAAAGGAUAGUGUGACGUUCAACGAUGACUCCAAAACACCAGAACUGGUGUGGGAGAAAGACAGGGCGCCAAAGGCAGCGCUCACGCCAUCUGAGAUUGAGGCCUCUCCAUCCUCGCCUCCCACUUAUUCCGUCAAGACAUAUCGGCAGAAACUGGCACUCUAUUCUCGUAGUGAGGUGACAAAGAAGCAGUUCAUCCGCAUGAUCUAUCGACCCGUCCUGAUCUUCUUCCUCUUCCCCAACAUCACAUGGGCGGGCUUGAUGUAUGGUUCGGCGCUCGCAUGGUACAACGUAUACAAUGCGACCUGCUCCGCAAUCCUUUCCGCCGCACCCUACACCUUCUCCGCAGCCAUCGUCGGGCUCUCGUACGUCGCGCCUCUAAUCGGAACACUGAUUGCCGGGGUGACGACGGGUAGACUGUCAGAUUGGUACACGCUUCGACUGGCCCGCCGCAAUGGUGGCCUUCGUGAGCCUGAGCAGAGACUCUGGGGCCUGCUGAUUUACUGUCCCAUUAUCGCUGCAGGUUUGGCACUGUGGGGAAUAGGUGCCGCUCACCAUCUGCCAUGGCCUGUCAUACUUCUUGGAGGCAUAUUCAUGGGAUACUGCAACGUUGCCGGCGGCGCAUAUGCUCUGGCCUAUGCCGUGGACUGCUUCAAAGAGAUGGCGGGAGAAUCCAUUGUAUCGGUGAUCCUCUUCCGAAACACCAUGUCGUUUGCAUUCAACUACGCCAUCACCCCAUGGAUUGAUGAUCAAGGACUACAGAACACUUUCAUCGCCGUCGCAGUCCUCGCCUUUGCAUUCGGAGCUUCUUUUCUGCUGAUGGAAUGGAAGGGGAAAUACCUUCGCACCAUCAGCGCGGCGAGGUAUUGGGCAUACACAGCUUCAUAGCAUCUAUCUACCA